AUGUUCACCCUCAUCAGCGCCACACCCUCNCCCUACGCCCGCAAAGUCCGCAUCGCCCUCGCCGAAAAGAACAUCCCCUUCACCCUCCAAACAGAAGUCCCCUGGGACUCAACUACCGCCACACCAGCCUACAACCCUCUCGAAAAACUCCCCGUCCUCAUCCUCGACGAUGGCAAAUCCGCCGUAUACGAAUCACACUACAUACUCGAAUGGCUAGAAGCAAAGUAUCCUGACACUUCGCUGUUGCCAGACACCAAAGAUGUGGAUAAGAGGUUGUUUGCGAGGAAGAUAGAGGUCGUGUGUGAUGGGAUUUGCGAUGCGUUGGUGUUGGCGUUUUUCGAGAAGAUGAGGGAGGAGGACAGAAGAAGUCAACCGUGGAUAGACAGACAGAUGAGAAAAGUGGAUGGUGGGCUAAAGGCAUUGGGGCAAUGGGCAGAGAACAAAGAGGGAGAGUUUCUCGUGGGAGAUAAGUUUGGGUUGGCGGACAUUGCUGUUGGAUCUGUUUGUGGUUAUUUGGCUGUAAGGUGGCCGGACAAUGGUUGGCAAGACACUUAUCCGGCUUUGAAGAAACAUUGGCAGAUGCUGGAAGAGAGACCCAGCUUCCGAGACACGAAACCGAGUCCGCAGACCAUGAAGGACAAGGUGGUUUGA